GGGCGAGCGCUAAGAUGGCCGCCCCGGCUCCGGCUGUUUUCAGAUGCUGCAAGUAUUGUGAACAGAGACUUAUUUGGAUUAUGUAUUUCUCAGCUAGACUAAAUAAAUGUUAACAAUGGAUAAUUGCAAACACAUUGGGCAGUUGCGGCUUGCUCAAGACCAUUCUAUCCUCAACCCUCAGAAAUGGCAUUGUGUAGACUGCAAUACAACUGAGUCAAUUUGGGCUUGCCUUAGCUGUUCUCAUGUUGCCUGUGGAAGAUAUAUUGAAGAGCAUGCACUCAAGCACUUUCAAGAAAGCAGCCAUCCUGUUGCAUUUGAGGUGAAUGAGAUGUAUGUUUUCUGUUAUCUUUGUGAUGAUUAUGUUCUAAAUGAUAAUGCAACUGGAGACCUGAAGUUACUACGAAGUACCUUAAGUGCAAUCAAAAGUCAAAAUUAUCACUGCACCACUCGUAGUGGAAGAGUUUUACGGUCUAUGGGUACAAGUGAUGAUUCUUAUUUCUUACAUGAUGGCACCCAAACUCUGCUGCAAAAUGAAGAUCAAAUGUAUACUGCUCUUUGGCACAGGAGAAGGAUACUUAUGGGUAAAAUCUUUCGGACGUGGUUUGAACAAGGAAGAAAAAGGCAAGAAGAGCAACUUCAGGAAAAAAUAACAGCCAAAAAAGAAGUGAAGAAAAGAAGGCAAGAAUCAGAGCAUCAAGUAAAAGCGGAAUUGGAAAGUGUGCCCCCAAGAAAGAGUUUACGCUUGCAAGGUCUGGCUCAGUCCACAACAAUAGAAAUAGUUCCUAUUCAAAUACCACAACAAAGCCCAGCAUCACCAGCAAAAGAGAUAAUAUCUACCUCAGCAGCUGUUAGAUUUAAAAAAGCCACUGACUCCCCAAUAAAACGAAGGCCAGUAGUAACUCCUGGUGUAACAGGAUUGAGAAAUCUAGGUAAUACUUGUUACAUGAAUUCUGUUCUUCAAGUAUUGAGUCACUUACUUAUUUUUCGGCAAUGUUUUCUGAAACUUGAUCUGAACCAAUGGCUGGCUGUGACAGCUAGUGAUAAGACAAGAACAUCCUACAAGCACCCACAGAUCACAGAGACAGUAUAUCAAGUGAAUGAAUACCAAGAUACAGGCUCUGUGCGCUCCAGACAUCCAAGUCUGUCAUUAGGACUGAGUGGUGGAGCAUCAAAGAAUAGAAAGAUGGAACUUAUUCAACCAAGGGAGCCAAGUUCACAGUACAUUUCUCUUUGUCAUGAGCUGCAUACUUUGUUUCAAGUUAUGUGGUCCGGAAAAUGGGCCUUGGUCUCACCAUUUGCUAUGCUGCAUUCAGUGUGGAGACUAAUUCCUGCAUUUCGUGGCUAUGCCCAACAAGAUGCUCAGGAAUUUCUCUGUGAACUUUUGGAUAAAGUACAACAUGAACUGGAGACAACGGGUACCAGAUUACCAGCUCUUAUCCCCACUUCUCAAAGGAAAAUUAUCAAACAGGUUCUGAAUGUUGUAAAUAAUAUUUUUCAUGGACAACUUCUUAGUCAGGUUACAUGUCUUGCAUGUGACAACAAAUCAAAUACUAUAGAACCUUUCUGGGACUUGUCACUGGAAUUUCCAGAAAGGUAUCAAUGCAGUGGAAAAGACGUUGCUUCUCAGCCAUGCCUAGUUACUGAAAUGCUGGCCAAAUUCACAGAAACCGAAGCUUUAGAAGGAAAAGUCUAUGUAUGUGAUGAGUGCAACUCAAAGCGUAGAAGGUUUUCUUCAAAACCAGUUGUACUCACAGAAGCACAGAAACAGCUUAUGAUAUGCCACCUACCUCAGGUUCUCAGACUACAUCUCAAACGGUUCAGGUGGUCAGGACGAAAUAACCGAGAGAAGAUUGGAGUUCAUGUUGGCUUUGAAGAAAUCUUAAAUAUGGAGCCCUAUUGCUGUAGGGAAUCACUGAAAUCCCUUAGACCAGAAUGCUUUAUCUAUGACUUGUCUGCUGUAGUUAUGCACCAUGGGAAAGGAUUUGGCUCAGGACACUACACUGCCUACUGCUAUAAUUCUGAAGGAGGGUUCUGGGUACACUGCAAUGAUUCCAAGCUAAGCAUGUGCACUAUGGACGAAGUAUGCAAGGCCCAAGCUUAUAUCUUGUUUUAUACACAGCGAGUUACCGAGAAUGGAUAUUCUAAACUCUUGCCUCCAGAACUGCUGGCUGGUAGCCAACCUUCCAUUGAAGAAGCUGAUACCUCUUCUAAUGAAAUCCUUAGCUGAUCCAAAGACAGUGGGGCUUUCUUGUGAUUUGUAUAUACUUUUUAAAAGGGCUGACUUAAAAUUUUGAGCUGCAUUGUUUUGUUUUUUAACUUCUGAAUCAGUGCACACUAUGUUUAUAUAUUUUGUAUCUAACCACAAGAAAAAUUCUUUUAAUAGCCUAAGUUAGCAUAAAUUCAUGUAUAUCAACAGCAGGUCAACUAAACCUUUUUCAAAUACUUUGGAGUUUUACAAUUUUAGCCUUUACCUCAGACUGGUUUACCUCUUUUAUAUUUUGAUGUCUUAAUUGGCUUAGAUCAUGAAUUUGUGCAAUCUUCUACUGAAGUCCAAAUGGCUUCAUUUUAUACAUUUCUUAUCUUUUGUAGCUAUUUUCUAUAUAACUUCUCAUUAAUGGAAAAUUAGACUGUCCCCAUAAAUAGUCUUACAAAAAAAGAAAAGGCUUUUCCCCCACAGGACAUAGGAUAGAUAAAUUACUACAUUCAAACUGAAUUAUUAAGUUCUGUCACCUCCAUACUCUUUACUCACUUGUGGAGAUACUUAAAGGUUUUGUUAAUACAGGGCCUAGAAGUGACAUUGCUUUGGCUAAUGAAAUUUUAAAGUAUUUAAUGUAAUCUUGCUACACAAAUGAAAAUAGCAGCUUUAUAUUUAAAUAACCAGUACUGUGGACAUAAAAAAUUUUUGGCAGCAAACUGGUUUGGUCCAGAUAAAGCAGUGAUAUCAUAAAUUUUAAUAUCACUGUCACUGCCGUCCCGUUGUUCAUCGAUUUGCUCGAGUGGGCCCAGUAACAUUGUAGGACUUAUUACUGUGUUUGGCAUAUCGGAUACGCCACGGGUAGCUUGCCAGGCUUUGCCAUGUGGGCUGGAGCAAUAGCACAGCGGGUAGGGCGUUUGCCUUGCACACAGCCAAUAUGGCCGACCUGAGUUCGAUUUCUCCGCCCCCCCUAGGGAGAGCCCAGCAAGCUACUGAGAGUAUCUCGCCCACACGGCAAAUUUUAAUAUAGCAAAUUCUAUUCUCAGGCUAUAAAAAGUUUAACUUACAUACAAAUUUAACACUAGAUCUCUUAAAGCUAUUUUAAGGAAUAUAAAGUCUUUCAAGAGAAUUGCAUAGGCCAGAAAUAAUUGUUUAAAAUUAGUAACCAGGCAUUAUAUUCAGCAUUUUAUUUUUCUAAUAACCAAAGCCUGAAAUUUUAACUCUUGCUGGGAUUAUGUAAAUACUAGGUACCUCUUCAAACUCUGGGCCCUGGCAUCUAAAUUAAAAAUUAUCUAAAUGAAUUAUAUUAAGAAUAUAUAAAAUACUGUUAUUUCUUAAUCUUAAUCUCAAACAAUCUUAACUUUUAUACUCUUUAAAUUUUACUGCUGCUAAUUAAUCUUAUUCAAGAGGAAAAAACACUAACCUAGUGCAGUGUUUUAACAAACACUGUAAGACCAUCAAUCCCUUUUAAGUGGAGUUACUUGCAUUUUGAAAUUUUAACGAAAAAUAGUAACUCAAAAUGUUGUUCUCAAAUAAUGAUCUUUAAAAGUAAUCUUGAAAGGGACCUCUUUUAGCAGAUUUUUCUUAAACUUCAGAACCAGUCACCUGGGGCAGCUAAUCAUGAAGUGCAAUGAGAAUUUAUCACUGACCACAAAUACCAUUAAUGCCAAAAAUACAGCUUGAGUAUUAAGUAGCUAUGGCUUAAGAUCAUUUAUUAAAUAUACCUAUGCAAGUUGUUACCUCAAACUGUUACACAAUUAUACCUCAUUAAAGAUUUAAAUGGUCAAGACACUGAAGUCUAGCCUUUUUUUAAUUUCAAGGACGUUUUCUGAGGUGCUAAACUUUAUGUAAGCAGUUAACCUCAUUUUAGUCAAAAAAAUUUAAAGGUAGUUCUGGAAGCUCUAUUGUUUGUAAUGAUAAAAUUGCUUGUUUCAGUACUUAUUUUUGUUUCAAUGUAAAAACAUACAAGAAAGAAAUAAAGUGACUUAGCCCUUGAC